AUGGCCGCCGAAACCAGCGUUCUUCCCCUGCCGACCGUCGACCAUGCAUUCGUCAAGGUUGAGCCUCUUAUUUCUAGUCCGCCGGGGCCUGUUCGCUUCGACCCUGCCAAACACCUCUGCUUUGAACCGCCAAAAAGCAUCAUUACCUUGAAAGAGCUGCUCCUGUCGGAGAAAGAUGCCAUCUCGCCCGUCGCCAUUACAGAGCCAUUCCCGCUGUUCACCCUUGAAGGUGUCAAGCAGAUGCGGGCGGACCUCUUUCGUAAAGAGAUUGUGGUCAAGCAUGGCGACCGGACAAAGCCGAACUGCUAUAAGAUGAGGGGAUACUCGAAAGAUACACCCUUUGUUGAUUCCGUAUGGCGCAGCAAAGAGGUCAUACAAGCUUGUUCUGACGCUGCUGGGGUCGAUCUGGAUGUGGUGUUCGACUACGAGAUCGCCCAUAUCAACGUCCAAGUGGACGCUCUGGAGGACGGCAUGCCACUAGAUGCUGCACUACCACCUGCCAUGCCUCCCAACCAGGCACUAUCGACCCCCCUUCCAGCUGUUGACCAGUCCGAGGAGCUCGCCUCGGUUGGUCGAUGGCACACAGACUCGUAUCCCUGGGUCUGCGUUUGCAUGCUGUCCGACCCAUCCAAUAUGAUCGGCGGUGAGACUGGCCUCAGGAAAGGGGACGGUUCUAUCGCCAAGAUCAGAGGACCACAAGUUGGCUGGGCCGUGAUGAUGCAAGGAGGCUGUAUCGAGCACAUUGCAUUGAGAGCCGUCGGAACUGGUGAGCGUGUCACCAUGGUUACUUCGUUCCGUCCACGGGACCCGAGCUUGAAGGACGUCAGCAAUCUGGGCAACGUCAAGAAGAGCAGUCGCCACGACCAGCUGUUCAAGCAGUGGUCGACGUACCGCCUUGAUGUUCUCGAGAAGCGGGCCCGACUACUGAGUGAACGGAUCGAAAAGGGCAACUUCUCUGGAGAGGAGAUCGCCAAGCUGGUCGCUCAGUGGAACGACGAACAGAUCCCGUACAUGAAGCACACCGCAGUCGAGAUGGUAGGCCCUGGAAAUGAAGGCUCGCAAGAUUAA